AGAUCUUCUUUCGACGGUGGAUUUCGACAGUAAAGUCCCGCGGGCCGCGGUGACUUGCCGGUGGGCAUGUCCUCGUCCUCUUCCUUCCCCACCUCCCGCUUCCCCUUCGCCGCCGGCGCCAGGGCCCCCGGCAGCAGACGCGGUGCCGGUGGAGGCGGGAGCAGCGUGCGGCCGUGGGGGUCGACCGGCGGGACGUCGGUGUCUUCAUCUGGGAAACGGAUACAGAAGGAGCUGCUGGACCUCAACGCCUCCGACUGCUCCGCGGGGCCCAAGGGCGACAACCUGUACCACUGGCUCUCCACCAUCUUCGGGCCCCAAGGAUCGCCAUAUGAACGAGGGAUAUUUUUCCUUGACAUCGUGUUUCCUCGUGAUUAUCCCUUCAAACCUCCCAUGGUAACUUUCAAAACAAGGAUUUACCAUUGCAAUAUUGAUUCCACUGGUAAAGUGCAUUUGGACAUUCUGAAGGAUGGUUGGAGUCCAGCUUUCACUAUUUCAAAGGUGUUAUUGGCCAUCAAAGACAUCAUCAACAAUCCAGAUCCAUACACCCCGCUUGUGAUGAGCAUUUCACGUCAGUAUCUGACUGAUAGAGCUAAACAUGAUGAAACAGCAGCUGAGUGGACAAUGAGAUUUGCAAGAUAGAGGAUUCUGUUUGCAUCUAAGCACGAUUGACCUUGUAAAAAAAUCUUAAUGUGGCCUGACGCCUGAAAUGGUGAAUGUUGGCAAAGGAGCCAUCAGCCAUGUAUUAUUUGAUGUGAGUUGUGACAUAAAGGUGUACUUUAUGCUUGAGUGUUCUUUAAUCGCUGCUUUUAGGUGGAGAAUAAUCUUUUUCGAUUUUGCACUUCUGCCAAAGUUGCACCCUGAACUCUUCAGAACUUUUCUUCCGAGUUUAUUUCUAAAAAUGGUUUCUAUUG